UGCCUUCUCGGAGUGCUCUCCACCAUUUCAGUGGGAUAGAAUGGAGUUCCUCGUAGUGCCUUCCUCAUCUGGCUACCUUCAACUUUCUUCAAACCCUAAAUUCACCCACGCUUUUUCGCUUGAUUACACCAAGAACCCUUCAUGUGCUCCCAGGAAGAAGACGACUAUUAUCAGUUGCCUCUCGACCCAGACCAGAAGAAAGUCUGGUUCAGCGAGCCGGAGCCCAUCUUCGGAGGCUGAGGAGCUCGUUGCUCAAAUGAUGAACAGCUUCACGGACAAGAAGCCUCUGGUGGCCACUCUCAACAAGUACGUGAAAAUGGUGCGUACAGAGCACUGUUUCUUGCUCUUUGAAGAGCUCGGCAAGAGUGACAAAUGGCUUCAAUGCCUUGAGGUAUUCAGAUGGAUGCAAAGGCAGCGGUGGUAUAUAGCUGACAAUGGGGUUUACUCAAAAUUGAUAUCAGUUAUGGGGAGGAAAGGGCAAACUCGAAUGGCAAUGUGGUUAUUUUCCGAGAUGCGUAAUAGUGGGUGCAGGCCGGAUACCUCAGUGUACAAUUCGCUUAUCUCGGCCCAUCUCCAUUCCAAGGAUAAGGCCAAGGCCUUGGCGAAGGCGGUUGGGUACUUUGAUAAGAUGAAAGGGAUGGAAAGAUGUAUGCCCAAUGUUGUUACGUAUAAUAUUCUUUUGAGAGCUUUUGCUCAGGCACGGGAUGUUGAAAAGGUGAAUGAUUUAUUCAAAGAUCUUGAAGAGAGUGUUGUUACGCCUGAUAUCUUUACAUUUAAUGGCGUGAUGGAUGCCUAUGGGAAAAAUGGGAUGAUCAAGGAGAUGGAGUCUGUGCUCACACGGAUGAAGAGAUAUAAGUUGAAACCAGAUAUCAUUACUUUUAAUUUGUUGGUUGAUGCGUAUGGGAGGAAGCAAGAAUUCGAAAAGAUGGAACAGGUUUUUAAGAGCUUGUUGCGUUCAAAGGAGAAGCCAACUAAUCCUACGUUUAAUUCAAUGAUUACAAAUUAUGGUAAAGCGCGGCUCAGGGAUAAGGCAGAAGGGAUUUUCCAGAAAAUGAAUGAUAUGGGGUACAAGCCAAGUUACAUCACGUAUGAAUGUCUCAUUAUGACGUAUGGGCGUUGUGACUCUGUCUCAAGGGCAAGAGAUAUAUUUGAUGAAAUGGUUGAAACUGAAAAGGAAAAGAAGGUUUCAACUCUGAACUCAAUGCUUGAUGUGUAUUGCAUGAAUGGUUUAACUAUGGAAGCACAUAUGCUGUUUGAGAGCAUACAUCAUUCUAAAAUCUUCCCCAUUGACUCUUCAACAUAUAAGCUUCUGUACAAGGCAUACACUAAAGCAGAUAUGAAAGGGCUGGUAGAGAAAUUGUUGAAAUAUAUGGAUGGAGAUGGCAUCAUCCCUAAUAAGAGGUUUUUCCUGGAUGCACUGGGGGCUUUUGGGUCUUCACCUUCAAGCCAAAAGUCCACUGGUAAGAGUAUUCAGUCAAGAACACAGGCAUCAAGGGCACGGAAUUAGUUGUUGUGAAUAGUUGUCUGGAGUUUGAUAUUGCAGACACUCGAUUCUCUUUCAGUCCACACUUAUAUUUGGAAUAGCUAUUUUUGCUGACAGAUGGCUGAAUCAAUAAUGGAAUUGCUGUAGUCAAUUUUGUUUCCCCGAUAAGUUCCUGUCCAUUCAAAUUACAAGAUAAUCUACAUAAUCUUGUCUUACAUGCUAGCAAGCACAUGAUUUGUAGCUGUAGAUGCGUGUAACUGCAUUUGUCAUUUGGUGCACAUGAAUCAAGUUAAAUGAAAUAAAAUUCUCGGUCUCUGAUUCCUUAUCAAUGAACCAUGAUUCCUUUUAAA